AUGGCGACCGAGGUAGCGGUGGAGGACUUGCGAUCGGCGCGGCCGCGCGAUCCGCGUGCUGUCGGGAAGGUGGAGCAGUACAUGACGCGCGACCCGAUCUGCUUCCGUCGCGAUACGCCUCUUGAGGACGCCCUGCGCGCGCUAAUAGAGCACAAGAUCAGCGGCGCGCCGGUGGUGGAGCCGUACGAGGGCGACUCGACGGGCAGCGGCAGGCUGGUGGGCGUGAUCAGCGAGGAGGACCUGUUGUGGAAGGAGGUGGACGCGACUGAUAAGACACGAGCAUGCAGAGAGAACUACCAUCCGCCCUCCCCACCUUCCUCCCGUCCCCCCGUUUCUCCCCUUCCGACCCCCUCCCCCCCUUGCCCCCUUGCCCUUUUGCCCACUUGCCCUUUUGCUCAAUUGCCCUUUUGCUCACUUGCCCUUUUGCUCACUUCCCCCUUCCACUUUCAGGAGCUUGAAACCGCAUUCCGCGCGCCCUACCUCUGGUCCAUGAUGACGUCAGACACGAGCAUGCUAGAGACCUACGAGGACCAGGCUCUUAAAGUGCUCUCCCAGACCGUGGGUCUCAGCAUGAGCGAGCAGUCCAUCUCAGUCACCCCCGACACGCCCGUUAAAGACGCCGCUACUAUCAUGCUGGAUGCGAAGAUUAAAAGGCUGCCUGUGGUUGCGCCCCGGGAGGGGGGCCGGCCGGGUGUGACUGUAGUGGGUGUGAUUUCGAGGAAUGAUGUCCUGAGGCAUGUGCUGAGUGUGCUUACAGAGAGGGGAGGGACGGUGGGGGGAGAGGCGCGUGGAGAGGGGGCGAGGGAGGGGGGACGGGGGAGGGUGGAGGCAGGGGCAGGGGGAGCAGGGGGGAAGGGCGGAGGAGGUGGUAAGCCAGGGGAGAGUGAGGGGGUAGGGGGGGCGGGGGGAGUUUCUGGGCUUGGAGGGAUAACUCCACAGGCAGAGGUUGGGGGGACAGGUGGGGGUGGGGAAGCAAGGGGGGAGGGGAAGGAGGGGGGCAAAGGAGGAGGGGAGCGAGGUGCUGCUGCGGAGAGGGGUGGUGAGGGGGGUGAGAAGGUGCAGACCGGUUUGGUGAAAGGAGGGGCGUGA